AUAAAUCAGUUGCUUCCUUUUUCCGGUAGCAAAGAUUGACUGCAGGCUGCAGCACUGACAGAACAAUUUUUCCGUCAUUAGAAACCAAUUUCCACUGUAACCAUGCGUCGGCGGGGACCCGGAAUAGCUGCCAUCAAAAACAAAAACCUCGCAGAGGCGAGGUACAAGGACAAGGGGUCCGUGCUGGCUGAGGACCAGGUUGUGCAGAUGGCAAGUCAAAUGGAAAUGUUCAAGAAGAAUCUGGAGGACUUUGCCACGAAGCACAAAGGUGACAUCAAGAAGGACCCUGAGUUCCGUCUACAGUUCCAGGAGAUGUGUGCCUCUAUAGGUGUUGACCCUCUGGCAUCCAGCAAGGGUUUCUGGGCAGAGAUGCUGGGCGUCGGAGAUUUCUACUACGAACUGGGGGUGCAGAUUGUUGAAGUCUGUUUGGCCACAAGUCACAGAAAUGGGGGCCUGGUGAGCAUCGAGGAACUGCGUGAGAGGGUGGAAGCAUCACGAGGACGACACACACAAGACAUUAGUAUAGAUGACCUCCUGAGAGCCAUCAAGAAACUGAAGAUCCUUGGCAAUGGUUUCACUGUAAUUCCGAUGGGAACAACAUUCAUGAUUCAGUCUGUGCCAGGGGAGCUAACCAUGGAUCACACCACUCUCCUCACACAAGCCCAGACAAGAGGUUACGUGACCAAGAGUCAGCUGGAGAAGGAGUUGAAGUGGGAGGAGGAACGAGCUCGGCGGGCGCUGGACUUCAUGGUGAAGGAGGGGUUGGCCUGGGUGGAUGAUUUCCCUGGGGGCGAGCGCCACUUCUGGUUUCCUAGUCUCUUCCCAGCGUGCACUGCCACAUGAUCACAAAUUGAAGAUGUGGAGGAAACAUGCCAUGUUACAAAUAGAAAACUGUCACUUAAGUGUAUGCAGAAUGUUGAGUUUUUGUUGGAAACCAUCAGGGUACAGACAGACAGACAGACAGACAGACAGACAGACAGUCAAGAGUGCAACCUGCCCGGCAAUUGACUGUAAAAGUCUUGUUUCCACCCUUGCCAAACUAGGCUGGAAUUAGGGAGUUAUGUUGUGGCUGGUCUUACGAGUCUAUGCAUAGUCCAGUCAAGUUUGCGUAAUCAUCAUCCAGUUCUCGAUGUCAACAGAUAUUUUUCAAUAUCCUUGCAUGUUUUUAAUCAAGAUCGUCUUGACGAGGCGCCGCAAUUUUGUUUGAAGUAAAUGCAAGCGAGGUGGAAUCUGAUUUGUCAGUAGGAGGGACAUAGAAGGGACAUAACUCAUAACAGCGGAUCAAGCCCAGAAAUUCCAGCCUAGUUCGACAAGGGUGGAAACUGGACUUUUAAAGUCAGUAAACUCCCUUGCCUGAGGAAGAAGACAUCUCAGUUGUGUUUAAAUUUCAGUAUUUUUUAGAUGGAUAGUUAAUGAUUUAUUUUAUCUCCUGAUCAGCUUGAUAUCAGUCUGUGUUGAGUAGUACGCCUAUUCCCCUGCCUAUUCCCUUGCAGUGAAGACGGAGAUAAUUCUCAAACAAACAUACUGUCUGGUAUUAAGCUGACCACAGUUUCUGUUUGUACUGAAAGCAAAAUUGAGUAUUUUCGGAAUUUCAGUUCUUGCUAUAUAUUAUCUGUUCACCGUGUUUCAAAGACCUUAUGGUGCAACUUCUAAUGCAAUGUGACACUUAAUACCACGGGAAUAACAAAAGCCAUGCUUGUGGAGAUCGACUUAUUAGAACCUGAAGCGCCUGUAAAAUAUGUCUUGCACGUACUGUGAUUCAACUGUACAUGGAGACUUGGUAGUUAACGAUGUACUUGAGUGAGUAUAAAUUUGCCGCCUAAUCAUGAACGUGGAAUAGGUGUUGAGGUUUUUGGUGUACUUCUAAUAAGAUAAAUGUUUGUCGCACUGUAUUUCCGUGUAGAUGUUGUUAGAGUAUAUUUUGAGUUAUUUGAGUCAAGUUUGUUGGUACGUUAAAUGUGAUAUAUGCCCUUACGGUACAUAUUGGUCGAAUGUUUUACUUUCAUCAGGGUGACCGGCGCCUUAAUCUGGGUAAAGAAAAUAAUUAUCGUCUGAAUACCAGAAGGGGCAAAGAUGUCCCAGUGUAGAAUAUCUAGUCAUUCACUGAAACUUGUUGUGACAGUUACAUGACACCCUGUGUUGGUUUCUCCCAUGAUUAAGUAAUAAAUUAUUAAUUACACAGCUA